CCUAACUCCACCGACUGCUGUGCUCAUAGGCGCUCUUACAAACAUUAGGGGGGCUUUAAUUUCUCUGUUGUACCCUAGACUCUCUGACUAGAUCAGACUUUUCUUCUUUUUUAGUUUGUAUUCCCAUGCCGAGAUGAAUUUAUCUUUAUUUUUCCUCUCUUUAGGGUGGAGGAUAUUGUAUGCACAGGACACAAUCUUCACAAUCAAUAAUGUCUCGCUAAGUGCAAAUCCAUCUGCCACCUUGGAAAAUGGAAACAACAUGAGUGUGACGUGUUCUGUGGAAAUCUCCAAGUUGGAGACAAAAUCAUUUGAGCUGAACCAUCAGUUUUUAUUUUUCAAGGAUAGCCAGCAUGUCUAUAACGUCACCUCUAACAGCCGAAGUGCAAUUUAUAAUCUCAGUCCAGCAAGGGUGUACAAAUCUGGGACAUACUCUUGUGACGUGAUUGUGAAAGGCAAAAAGAAGUCCAGUAAUAAACUGAUCAUAGACAUUGCAGGGCUGUCAAAACCUACAGUGAGUGUUUCUACCAAUUCCACAAAGGAAGGGCAAAGCAUAAAAGUGACAUGUGAGGCACCAGAGGGGGAGGAGCCGCCCUUCCGCUUCACCUUCUACAAAAUCAAGACAAAUGUUAAUACAAAAGAGGUGAUCCCCAUGCAAACUACAUGGAAAAAAUCUGAUUCCAUUGAAAUUCAUAUAGAGGAGGGAGAUAAAAUAGUGACGUUUCAGUGUAAUGUUGAAUUCAUGAUUAUUCCAAAGUCAAAAGUCUCUGAUUUCAGUGAUGGGAAAAUAGUUUCUGUGGAAGAACAGUUUUCAACUCCAAGGAUUGAAGUUUUGCCAUCAGUCAAUUUUACUGAAGGGGAAAACAUAACGGUUAAGUGCUCAAUCCAGACAUCAUCCACUGUUUCUGGAAAGGUGGAACUUUUUAUUCAGAAGGGCACAUUUAUUUUAAAUAGCUCCACAACAGAUACUGUAUCAUAUGUCCAACUGGCUACAAAUAACCAUACUGGCCAAUACAUCUGCAAGGCAGAAUAUGAGCAGACAUCCAAAGCCAACAGCGCCAACGUCAUUGUGAAAGAGCUCUUUAAAACACCUCAGCUUGUUUCAAAUGUUAAGAACUCCAUUAUCAAUAAAGGUGCGAUGUUGACUCUAAAUUGCAAAGUUCCUGGGAUGCCACCCCCAUCAAACCAUACCUUCUACCAGCUAAAGGAUGGCAAAAUCUACAGCAAAUUGCAGAGACUCACCAAACUUGUAAGUGAAACCGACAGCGCCAUUUAUAGCUGUAUGGUCACAGCAUCCAGCAUCACUAAAAAUAGUGAUCCCCUGAACAUCCGUGUCUAUGCCCCUGUUUCCAAACCAGUUCUGACCCAUCGUAACCAGAGUAUCAGCAUGGCGGUGCAGGGCAGCACUAUUGAUCUCAGGUGCAAGUGUGACAAGGGAACUCUGCCUAUAACCUAUUCCUUACUGAAAGACUCAAAGGUUCUGCAAACCGCUACUGCAACACAGGACAAAGCAGCCGUGUUUCAACUCUUUAUAAGUGAGCAGCAGAAUUCUGGGCAAUAUCAGUGCAGAGCUUAUAACUUGUAUGAUGGACCCGCUAUGUACAGCAACAUCGUCAGCAUCACUGUCAUACGUCCUAUCAAGGAGGUCACACUAAUGGCUGUCUCAGCCCAGUCGGGCAUGGUGGAAGAAGGCAAAGACCUUUACCUGGAGUGUGCAGUUACAAGUGGGAGUUUGCCCAUCGACUUCCACUUCUUUGUUAAAAAAGGAAAGGAAAUUCUCUUCCACAACUCAACGGCUAAUUCCUCAUUCACCGUUUCUACACACAUUGAGUCUUUCAGCGCCCAUGAUGAUGGCAGCUACUUCUGUAGAGCCACCAACGGAGCCCAUCAGACUGUGGACAGUGAGCAUAUAUAUGUAAAAGCUGUUCUCGCUACCUGGAAGAAGGGGCUCAUUGUCACUUUUGUUGUGUUGAUUCUUGUGGCUGCAAUGGCCAUUUGCUACUAUUUCUGCAUGGAAACAAAGAAAAAAGGAGGAGAAACAGCUCUGGAGGUGAAGAGGACAACUAAUGAAAACAGUUCCAACAAAGAAAAGUCGUCUGCUGCAGACAUCAAACAAGAAGAAGAAUCCUGUUUGGUUCCAGGAAACGUCCAAUCAGAUGAUGAAAAUCAUGUUGAUAAAUCACCAGAAGGAAACUUGGGGAACAAUAAAGAGAAGCAAGAGGUGGAGAGCUCAGAGGUAGAGCUGGUGACCCCUAAGCCACAUCAAGAUGGCAGUGAAGGCAACAUCCCUAGAACAGAAGACUCACCUGUAGAUGCCUAAAUACUUUGGUGCACUGAAUGAAGAGAGACCCUAACAGAGAGAGAGAGAAGCAGAGACUACCAUUGCUUUAUUGGGGCUUAUUUAAGGAACAUACCCAGCCAAACCCAAAUCAUCUCAGCCUCUCUCCUGUGUCGCUCCCAUAUCAUCCAGGCCAAGAUCCUCCUGACUCCUCUGCAAAUACCCCACAAAAGAUUCCAUUACAGCUACAGCAGCAGUGGUGCAGUAUCAAACACCCCCUACUUAUUACUCCCUCCCACAUAGUAAACAAUGCACGGAAAGCUUCAACAUGACAGGCUGCUGGUGCCUUUAUCUCAACACCACAUGUUUUUACCUCUGUGUUGGAAAAGCAAGUCCUCCCUGCAAGUUUUAUUUCAACCUGCCACCAGGAGAAAACCUUCAGUUGGAAUGGGGUGCAACAGCUUCCUUGUGUGCCAAUUGCUGUGCUAUUUAUAUGUGAACGAGACAAGCACCCUACAUGCUACUUGGUGAAUUCAUGGAGCAGCACUAUAUGGUAACCUUCAUGUUUCUAACAGCCAUGUCCCCUGCAUUGUGCAGAAGCAGCCAUACUGAACAUACUUGCCUCAAUGUAUUAAAUGGAACUGAGCUCAUUUGUUCAUUACCAACUUAACCAAGGUAAUAUUUAUUGGCAGGCAUUAUUACAUCUGUACCUUUAACCGCUUCCCAGCUGCUGUACCGUGAGUAUUGUGCAUUGUCCAAUGUAUGCACUGCCACUAGGCAACUAAAUGCAGAAAACUUCAAGGCAGUGAUCCAGAUGCCCCAGCAAAGGGAAGCUGAAAAAAAUGCUGCCAUAAAGUAGGUUGAGACAUUUAUACCUUGUAGAGCAGGUAAUGGAAACUCCCCUUUCCCUUGUGUGACACUGCUGUAAAGCAAUGCUCAGUUCAAUUGCUUUCACUGGACUGGCUGAUACCAUUCAUUGCUCCUUCUCUAAAGGGAAUGAGUCGUACUGCUUCUGUGCUCAGCUUGUAAAUAAACAUCUCCCAUCUUGA